GUAUAUCCGUCCCUACAACGGCCAUGUACGCAAGCCGUACCAACAGCAGCCACGGCUUGGGCUUACCUCGCCCGUUCAUCGAUCAGGGAGCCGCGAACAAGUACUACUCGGGCCAGAUCAAAAGGGCCGGAUCUAGCACCUGUCCCAAUUCAGCACCAAGUGAAGCCGACUACGCCUCUGAAUCGGAUACCUAUGACUACGUGUCGGGCUACAUGUCUGACGGCGACAUCCUCAAGAACAGAAACAACGUGGGCAGUGGCGGCGACGACUGGACAAGUGGCUACCUCAGUGAGGGAGGGGCCUCGCUCUACGCCAGACGACUGCAGCAGAGGUUUCGGGAGGGGAUGCAAGCCGUCAGAGAGUGCAUGCAGAAGAGUAGUGGCCUCAUGGAUGACGACAGCUUUGACGACAGCAGCUCAAUCAGCAGCGGUGAGAUCAGUGACACCAUCGCCGAGAUCAGCACGGAUGAGAACCUGACUGGAUCCUCACAGGGUGCCCUCUCUGACAACCCCUACAACAGCUUGAAACGGGCACCAAAAGACAUCCUGGCCAUUCAUGCUGUACACAACAGCAGUGCUGGAAGCCAUGGUGGCUUUUCUUUUCCACAUCCUGGACUGGUUACCAAGAGGGCGCCCAAUCUGGGCACAAGUGCCUUUAUGGGCACCGAUUACAACAGUGAUUCAGGAUUAGGUGCUGGAAGUCCUUGGGGCAGAAAGUACUCACUCCCACAGCCAGGAAAGUUCUUAAGCAGCGACCCAAAUAAAUUGUUGAGUAGUGACCCUAGUGAUUAUGGCUAUGGGUACGGCUGGCCCUCAUCUAGGAGUGAUGGUGGAUACAGCUCUCUCCGGAAGAUGUCCAGUGGCAGUAACCCAGACUACGCUUAUCAUUCAGAAGGCGACUACGACUCACCUCAUAGACCAUACUCUCCAGGUCCCGGCAUGAAGAAGGACACAGAGACAAACACUGACCAGUCACACCUGAUGGAAGCAAGUAUGAGACGUUUACAGACUAGUAGGAUGGGCAGUGCCACGCCUCCUGGCAGCAACGGAGCAGGCACACAGUUUGGUUACCGACGACCGUUGAGCAACACAAGUAACUCAUCAGGGGGAAGUAACAAGAGUUCAGGGUCAAAGACUCAAGGUCCCGGUUCACCGGCCGUGGGCAGUCGUUUAGCCAAGCAUGGCGUCGAUGGAUCACAGAGAACUCUUGUAGACGUCAUGAUGCCACGACCAGCCAGUGCUUCUGGAAAACCCAUCAAUCCAGAUGUAGCAAUGAUGGAAGGAUACAGUUCUUCAACACUGGAUAGAAAGAAGAAAAGAGGCGGUCUUACUCCAAGCAAAUCUGCUGGCUGUACACAGAGCGAUCGUGAUUACCAGUCGAACUCACUGGGCAGACGACAUCUCUUUGGCAGCAAGAGCAACCUGAGUAAAUCCUCUCAAGGAGACCAGCCAGUGGGAGGCUCUUCUCUCAUUGGUGGAACCAUCAUCUCCAACCCUCAUGCUACGUAUGGACGGGACAAGCAGACGAGCCACUAUGUCAACCUGCAGGAGUUGCACGCCAGAAUGCCCGGCUCCAACUACGUGCCCCUAGAGUUCGCUUCCAGCCCCAGAAACUCAGGCAUGGGCAGCCCAACCGUGGGCUCAGGAAGUAUGUGGUUGAAGUCAUCAGCGUCCAGUAAUGGUGUUGGUUUUCCUCCACAACUGUCUCCUCAUUCAGCCCACGGCUUUCACACCCACGCCUUGUCUGACUCAGAGACCUUUGAGUCUUUGGCUAACCCCCAUAUUCAGGUGCAGAUUCAGCAGGCUCGGGCGCUGACUAAUGCUCGGAUGCUGGCACAUCAUGCAGACACGAUCCCAUCUUCUGUUCUCACACCUUCAGCAUCCUUAUCUCCUCAGUGUCUUCAGAGAUCCAACAGCAUCAAAUCUGAUAGUGCUUACUGUAGCACUAAACACUCUUCCUUGAAUGAAGAACUUCCCCGUACUGCUUCCUUCUCUCAACUGCUCAUCCCACAACACUCUCAGACUGUGCCCGCUUCCCCCACCUUCAGCCAGUCCUCUCGAUUCACUUACCCUAUUGCUCACCGCCCCACUACCUCCUCUGUGAGUGGCACGUCUGGACCCAACAUGGCCAGGUCCAGUACCCAGUCUUCUCUGCCCUACUCCCACACUUGUGGGCUCAGUAAGAGGUCCGGCCAAGAGGAGGAGGACAGUCGUCUGGGCCAGUCCUCCGCACUUGACUACUCAUUCAUUAGUGACUAUGCAUAUUCAUCUGUUCAUGGAUCAACUCUGUCCCUGGUUUCCAGUUCCUCCUCUGUGUACUCGUCG